UUUCUCUCUUCCCAUGUGAUAAAGCAAAAGGCAUCCUCAAAGCCUGACUCAUGCAAUUUGGCAACCCCCACCUCACCCAACUAUCACAUGAAUCCAUGAAACCAACCUAAUUUUAGGGUUAAAUACCCCUUUGUAUCUCCCAAGGCCUGUACCCAACCAAACCAGUGACCACCCCAAGGGGCCCCUCUCCCCACUCCAAUCUCUCACAAGCCACCUUAACCUCUCGGCGCCAAGGUUUCUACUAAUUCCAACCUAACAAGCCAAAAUGAACCCCCCAAGCUUCUCUCUCAUACUAGUCAUGGUUCUCACAGCCACAUUCGCGUGCAGGUGUUGCGCUGGGCCAAGCAAUUAUUAUCUUAGGCAUGCGUGCAGAGCUACUCUGUACCCCUCACUGUGCAUACGCACACUCUGUCCCAAUUCACACACCAGGAGUUCCAGAGGGGUUGCUAGAGCUGCAAUAUCUGUAUGUUUAGCUAAGGCAAAGGAUGCCUCUUCGUAUAUCUCAAGCUUGGCCCAAGGCAAGACAAUGAAGAGGAUCGAAGUGGCUGCUCUUUCCGAUUGCAGAGAGAACUUUGAUGAUGUGCUAGACUUGCUACAUAGGUCUCUUCGAGUUUUGAGGAAGCUUUCAGCUGUAGACUUUGAGCUUCAAAUGAGCAAUGUGCAGACAUGGGUUAGCGCGGCCCUCACAAAUGAGGACACAUGCUUGGAUGGAUUUCGCGGCGUGUCAUCGACGAUUUGGCCUCCACUUAGCUCUACAGUUACGAAUGUGGAGCACUUGACUAGCAAUGCUUUGGCACUUGUAAAUAGGUUGGCUAGUGGGGGGCCAUAGCCUCACCACCCAGGUAUCCUCAAGCCUUUAUCUUCUUUACACCUUGGGGAGAAGCUGAAACAGCAUGGGAUGGAUGCCUCUCUCUUGGUAAAAUCCCUGUUGGACUAGGAAUAGAUGAAUCUAACCUUCUUAUCCACCACUAUCUGCCAUAAUAGCAUUAUGGUUGGGGAUCUAUUUGUAUUACCUUUAUGGUUGGGGAUCUAUUUGUAUUACCAAGCAUGAAUAACACUUACAGAAGAUGAAGUCUCUAUUGGUCAGUGGCCAAUUCAAUGCAUGUAAGCAAAUUUAAAAGGUUAGCUACCUCUUAUGUUUCU